AUGUGGGAUGCCCAUCAAGCAGCCAUCAAUGUUGGAUUAUCAAAGUUUAGUGGCAUAUUAUUUUAUUCUUCUGAUGUUGAAAGAAACUUCACCACCGACUUUCUAACUGCUAUUGAAUUUUGUAAGGCAGCAAUAUAUCGCCCAUUCUUUGAAAGUUCAACAAAUUUCUUAGUUGGUUACUCUCACAGACUACUCAUGGAACAAGACCGUGUCAUUCUUACAAGUAACUUCAGCAUACGGGAGAAAGCACUUAUGAAUGCAGUAAAAUUCAUUUCAGAAAUAAAUGAAGUCACAGGAGGAGCAUACAAUAUAUCAGAUGCAUACCCACCUCUGUGGCAGGAGAGCCCCGGUCAGUUUAGUGAUUACAAGAUAGAAAAUGGAAACGCAGCGUCUCCUCGCCGCCAUGUUGCUCCGUCCCCUCUGCCUAUACAUUUUGGAUGGCAGUAUCAUACAGGCAGAUUAGCUGAUCCCACCCAAAAAACAGACUGUGGCUACACUUCUGGGGCUCAUCUGUGCAUCUCCGUGGACAGUUGGUGGGCUGCCUUUAAUUAUUAUCUCUCUGCAAUGCCCUUCCUUGCUGCAAUUGAUUCUGGCAUAAUGGGGAUAUCAUCAGACAAUGUCACAUUUCUGCCACCAUCUAAGGAUCAAAUGAAUUUCUGUUAUAAUAUUUCUAGCUGUCGUUCAUCUUUUCCAGAAGCAAUGAAAAAGUGGAAUGAAUUUUAUCAGCAUGUUCAGUCACAUUCUAGUAGCUUUGAAGACCUGUUGAAGUACCUAUGGGCUGCACAUGUCUCAUCCUCGCAGGCUGCUCAUAAAAAUUUUGACAAUAGGUUAAAAUAUUAUUCUAAACAAGAAGCAGAUUUUGAAAGCAACUGGGCUUUAUUUGUGGAUUAUUUAGCUCCACCACUCUUUCCCUCAACCUUGAUGAGAACGCAUGAAUUCCAGAAGGGUCUGCCAACACGAAUGCUUGUUAGUGGGGAUAAAGGCCACUUCAUCAGGGAUUUCACUAACUUACAAAACAUUGUCCUGUUUGCUCUAAGUUUUCUUCACAAAGUACAUAAAUACACAGGAACAUUGUCUUUCAUUGUUUGGGAAACUGUAAUGAAGUUAAAGGUUGCAAGGAAUCUAUUUCAAGAGAUUUUGGAAUUCAGCCUUCACUAUUUUAAUUAAAUUCUCUGGAAAUCAAUAAUAAAAUGAAAAUACCCAGUGACAAUGGUUAAAGGAAGAGUACUCACAAGGACUAGUCCUUACAUGUUUGCAUAAUUUUGUUAUUGUUGUACCUCUAUUUUUAAUUUUGAAUUAAUAUUGCUGUUAAUUUGCUUAAUAAAUAAUUUUUGAA